AUCCAUGUAUUCCAUAUACUGGCACAUUUGUCUUUCUUUGUUACAUAUGGACAGGACAGACCAGGCCAGUAUGGGUUCUAAUAAUCAAGAAUGAGGUCUAUCAUCUUAACCGGAACAUGGUGCGGUCCAGCAGGGCCCAGGGCAAAUAAUUCUAUGUGACUUUAAUGAACAGACCAGGAACAGAAACUAAAGACAUGGGCUCAAGGAAAAAAACAAUACGGAAGCAUUUGGUUAAAAAACUACAACACAAAACUUUUGAAAUAAAUAACUGCAUCACAGAAAGUCCAUGGAGUGGGAUUCUACGCAGACUCAACACACCAAAAUAAGAUACAGAUGGAGAUCUAAAGUCCUCAAGGGCCAGAAAACAAACAAUGCCUUAAUAUUUUAAACUGUAUGGUUACAACUUGUGUUCAUUUUGGGUAGGCCAACCGGUACACUCUAUUUCCCAGUGCUAUUUCUAACAGAGGGCAAUGCCCAUGAGGUCCCGGAGAUAACGUUUUCAUUGGUCCCCAACACAUAAAUACAAGGGCAGUGUUUGGAAUAGUCACUAGAAACGUUUGAUGCACUGCAGAGCUGCGUCAACUUCAUCGUCAGGGAGAGGAACUUCAUUCACUCUGGCAUACACUGCAAUGGAAGAACAUUUGAGAGCUAAUUACUGCUAUCCACUUUUGAACUCUUCAUGUACAAGGUUUGCCAGGUCAAAGGCAUUAUACAUUAUCAUGUACAUAUUUCUGUUGUCAGUAUCUAUCUCAACUGUGUUUCUUAAUCUGCUGGUGAUUAUCUCCAUCUCUCACUUCAAGCAGCUUCACACUCCAACCAACCUGCUCAUCCUCUCUCUGGCUGUGGCUGAUUUAUUGAUUGGACUGAUUGUCAUGCCUAUGGAAGGGUCUCGGUUAAUUGAAACAUGCUGGUAUUUUGGGGACACAUUGUGUAACAUAUUUCCACUCAUUUCGGCAGUGGCUCUGUCAGCAUCUCUCUGCAGCUUAGUCUUAAUUUCCAUUGAUAAAUUCAUUGCUGUCAGUGACCCUUUGAGGUACCCUUUGAAUGUCACACACAACAAGGCAGCACUAAUUGUUGUUCUUAGCUGGUCUUGUUGUCUAUUGUAUAUUUUCUUCUUCUUGUAUGACCACCUUACUCAAAGGGAGCCGCACAGAGUAUGCCACGGGGAGUGUCUGCUCACAGUCAGUUUCCCAUGGUUUGUUUGUGAUAUUAUUGUGUCAUUCAUCGCGCCUUGUUCCACUGUAAUAGGUUUAAACCUGAAAAUAUUCUGUACAGCUAAGUAUCAGGCACAGGCAAUCAGCUCUGUCACAGAAAGAGUAAAGGCUGCUAAAAAAGACAGAAUGACUAAGAGAUCUAGCAGUAAAGCUGCAAAAACCAUAGGGAUACUUGUUACAGUUUAUUUGCUUUGCUAUAUUCCAUUUUAUUUAAGCAUUCCUGCACAUGGUACUGAAUCUUUGUCUUUUCUAGUGACCGCUCUCGUAUGGGUUAUGUAUAUGAACUCCUGCGUGAACCCAAUAAUAUAUGCAUUGUUUUACCCAUGGUUUAAAGUAUCAACUAAGCAUAUCAUCAGCCUUACAAUAUUACAUCAAGGUUCCUCUUAUUUCAAUGUACAGCCUGAUAUCAAAUAGUUUUUCAUCAUACUUGAAGCUGACAUGUUAUUCUAUGUGUUUAGAUCAUUUGUUUCCACAGUGUAUACACCAAUAGUCAUGUAAAUUAAAAAAUGACUU